AUGGUGUUGCAAAUGGCGGACAGGUCUACCAAGAAGCCCUAUUGUGUGGUGGAAGAUGUAGUGGCUCAAAUUGAUAAACUGAAAUUCCCAGUGGAUUUUGUGGUGACGGAGAUGGGGGAAGAUUUUGAUACGCGGGGUCCUAGCAGUCUGCAUCUAGGUCCUAUAACAAGACAGAUGGCUCGACAACUACAGCAGGAACUUAACAAGCCAACACCAGAAGAUUUGAAGAUUCCUCUCAUUCUUGGAAGGCCAUUCAUGAAGACGGCCAAAGUUCUCAUCAAUGUAGAUGAUGGAGUUCUAGUGCUUAAAGAUCAAGAUGAGGAGGUGAUUUUCAAUGUCUUUAAUGAUGAACAGUCGGUUCAAGUGAAGAAGACUAGUCCUAAAGUUGUAGAGGAAGAUCCAUUAGUUAUUAGUCCUAAAGCUGCUAAACCAGACAAGGGAGGUAAAAAUUGUUUCUUUUCACAGGCUAGUGGAGGAGCUAGACCAUCUGGAGCUGCAGCUAUGGAGGAGGACGACGAUGAUGAUGAGGAUGAGGAUGAAGAUGAAGAGGAAGACGAAGAUGAUGAGGAUUUUGAUGAUAGCAGGGGCUGA